AUGACCGAUGAAAACAAUAGUGAAGUGUGCUCUCUGUGCGAAAAAAAAUUCAACAGUGAAAAUUUACCAGUUAACGAUAACAACAAUUUAAACGGGACCUACCGAGGUACUGUUUGUAGUAAAUGCAAUCUUUUAAUGUAUCAACCCUAAUUUGUUCCGUGCUUUUUUCAUAAUCUUUCGAGUUAUAAUUCGAAUUUUAUUGUUAGGCAAUUAGGAAACGACACACAAUCGAUCACUGUAAUUCCUAAUACAGAAGAAAAUUUAAUAUCAUUUACAAAAUAGAUUUCGCCUAAAUUUCAAAUAAGAUUUCUUGAUACAUGCCACUUCAUGCAAUCGAGUUUGAAAAUACUUUCCAGUAAUUUAGCUCGAGGUGACAAAUCUAAAUUUGGAGAGACGGCAAAAAUAUUUGCAUCUAAUUACAUGGAAUAUGUGACUCAAAAAAGAUUUUACCCCUACGAGUACACAAAUAGUUGGGAAAAAUUGGAUGAGCCGUCAUUACCACACAAAGAAGGAUUUUACAAUAGGUUGUUAAAGAAGUUGUUGUGA